UCGCUGUUUCGUCGCUCCAACAAUGCAGCUUUUAAUGGUGCUGUGAGCGGCGCGAGCUGAAAACGCAGCAACGCCGCAGGCUCGUCCGGUGACCGUACCGGCUCAAAUUAAGCACAGCGGGGUGUUUGACCAACCUGCCACGCGGCUGUGACUCCGUUUUUCUCUCCGGGCAGGAGGGAGGAGGAGGAGGACAUCCUUGACUCUUCUUGUGGGCUUCCCGCUUUGAGAAGAAAAGAUUCCAGAAGCCCCUCCUGUGGACGAAUUCAUUACAACGGCCCCGAACGACCUCGCCGAGCUGCGAGCGGCCAUGCUCGCCCUUUGUCCACCGUCGAGGGGAACCCGCCCUCUCGAGCUGCGGCUCUGCUUUCUGACAUAGCUCUGGAAACCUCGCGAUAGAAAUGGCCUCGGUUUGUGUGGGCGAUAACGCGUCAGAGUCCAUAUUUGAAAACCGGCGAUGCUGAGCCUCUAGCCUACAAAACACGGGACUCUUUAAGAGGAGACAAACGGCCUCGGUCGACCUUCGCACAAGGACGGCGCCAGCUUUGAUGAUUUAGUGUCCACCCCACCGCCUUGCUGACAAGGGCGUGUCAUGGCUGCUGUAGGUCCCCAUAGCAACAGUUCCUUGGCUGGGCGAGGGGCCGACUGAGAGAGUCCACGAUGCAGCGUAACGGUGGCGGCGGGGGGGGCGGCGGCCAGCCGUGGGUGCUGCGGCGCGUGCGCCUCACCUGGCUCAGUUUCAUGCUCUUCUUCAUCCUGGUUUUCUUCCCGCUUAUCGCCCACUACUACCUCACCACCAUCGACGAAGCCGGGGGUCCCGACAAGCGCAUCUUCGGGCCGCGGCCCGGCGGCGAGCUGUGCGAGGCCAAACACGUGCAGGACCUGUGCCGUAUUCGCGAGUCUGUCAGCGAGGAGCUGCUGCAGCUGGAGGCCAAGAGGCAGGAGCUCAACGGCGAGAUCGCCCGGCUCAACCUGCGCAUCGAGGCCUGCAAGCGCAGCAUCGACAGCGCCAAGCAGGAUCUGCUGCAGCUGAAGAACGUCAUCAGCCAGACGGAGCACUCCUACAAAGAGCUGAUGGCCCAGAACCAGCCCAAGCUGUCGCUUCCCGUCAGGCUGCUGCCGGACAAGGAGGACCCGGGACUGCCGCCGCCCAAGUCGGCCCGCUCCUGCCGCCUGCGCUCCUGCUUCGACUACGCCCGCUGCCCUCUGACCUCUGGGUUCCCCGUGUACGUCUACGACGCUGGCUCGUAUCCGUGGGGGGAUUAUCUUGACCCACUGGUGAAGCAGGCCUUCGCAGCAUCGGUUAAGAGCAACAUUUAUGUAACGGAUAACCCCGGCAUCGCUUGUCUGUACUUGGUGCUGGUAGGAGAGCUGCAGGAGUCCUCUUCCCCCGCGCCAUCUCCCUCAGAGCUGGAGAAGCAACUGAAAGCUCUCCCUUACUGGAGGUCCGAUGGACACAACCACGUACUGGUACAUUUCUCUAGGAAGUCCAUGACGCAGAACUUUCUGUAUAAUGUGAGCACAGGACGGGCGGCGGUGGCUCAGUCCACCUUCUUGGAGCAGCAGUACCGUGAGGGCUUUGACCUGGUGGUCUCCCCGCUGGUCCACGCCCUCUCAGAACCCAAUUUUUUAGAAGUGCCCCCUCAAGUUCCCGUGAAGAGGAAAUACCUGUUCACCUUCCAGGGGGAGCGGGUGGAGUCCCUGAGGAGCAGCUUGCAGGAAGCGGCCCCCCAGUCCUUCGAGGAGGAAAUGGAAGGAGACCCGCCAGCCGACUACGACGAUCGCAUCGUCGGCACCUUAAAGGCGGUGCAGGACAGCCACUUGGAUCAGGUGCUGGUGGAGUUCACCUGCAAGAACCCACAGCCAAGCUUGCCGACCGAGUGGGCCCUUUGUGGAGAGCGGGAGGACAGGCUGGAGGUCCUCAAGGCCUCAACCUUUGGCUUGGUGAUUGCUCCAGGGGACGGACAGCUGGUGGCCUCGGCGGGCUGUGGGAUGAGGCUCUUCGAGGCCCUGGAGGUAGGGACCAUCCCCGUCGUGCUGGGGGACCACUCCAGACUACCGUACCACCAGUUCAUUCGCUGGAGCGAAGCGGCCAUCAUAGUUCCGAAGCCUCGUGUCACAGAGCUCCACUUCCUGCUACGCAGCCUGUCGGACAACGACAUGUUGGCGAUGAGGCGCCAGGGCCGCUUUCUGUGGGAGACUUACUUCUCCACCACGGAGAAUGUUCUCAACACCCUCCUGGCCAGCAUCAGAACCAGCAUCCAGGUUCCUGCUGCGCCCAUCAAGGAAGAGCCCGCCCACGAGAUCCCCCACAAAGCCGGGAAGAUGGCGGGAACUGACGCCAACCUGGCUGACAACGGCGAUCUGGAUCUGGGUCCGGUCGAAACGGAGCCCCCCUACGCCUCUCCGCGCUUCCUCCGCAACUUCACAUACACAGCCGCGGAGACUUACAGGACGUGGAACCAGGCUCCGGGGCCUUUCCAUCUGUUCCCUCACACUCCCAUGGACCCCGUGUUGCCCUCCGAAGCCAAGUUCCUUGGUUCAGGUACCGGUUUUAGGCCCAUUGGUGGAGGUACGGGGGGCUCGGGGAAGGAGUUCCAGGCAGCUCUAGGAGGAAAUGUGCCCCGAGAACAGUUCACCGUGGUGAUGCUGACUUAUGAGCGGGAGGAGGUGCUGAUGAACUCCCUGGAGAGACUGAAUGGACUUCCGUACCUCAACAAGGUGGUGGUGGUGUGGAACUCGCCGAAGCCUCCUUCGGACGACCUGCUGUGGCCAGACAUCGGCCUGCCGAUUGUGGUCGUGCGCACGGAGAAGAACAGCCUCAACAACCGCUUCCUUCCCUGGGACGCCGUGGAAACCGAGGCCAUCCUGUCGAUCGAUGACGACGCCCACCUCCGCCACGACGAGAUCAUGUUCGGGUUCAGAGUGUGGCGUGAGGCCAGAGAUCGCGUGGUGGGUUUCCCCGGGCGGUAUCACGCAUGGGACGUCAACCACCAGUCCUGGCUCUACAACUCCAACUACUCCUGUGAGCUCUCCAUGGUCCUGACAGGAGCUGCUUUUUUCCAUAAGUACUACGCCUACCUGUACUCCUACGUGAUGCCCCAAGCCAUCAGGGACAUGGUGGACGACUACAUAAACUGCGAGGACAUUGCCAUGAACUUCCUGGUCUCUCACAUCACCCGCAAGCCUCCCAUCAAGGUGACAUCGCGUUGGACGUUCCGCUGCCCCGGCUGCCCUCAGGCGCUGUCGCACGACGACUCGCAUUUCCACGAGCGCCACAAGUGCAUCAACUUCUUUGUCAAGGUGUACGGCUACAUGCCCCUGCUGUACACGCAGUUCCGCGUGGACUCUGUGCUGUUUAAGACUCGCUUGCCCCACGACAAGACCAAGUGCUUCAAGUUCAUCUAGCGUCGGGCAGCGGAGAGCCGGAAGCAGAGAGGAUGGAAGGACUGGGAUUAUGCGGGAGACCAGCAGCCCCCCCACCGCGGGCAUCGGUGAGGACGGAUGGACCGCCAGAUAAAUGCACAGGAGGAAGGUUUGUGGUUAGGAUUUUGCCCGGGAAGAGGAACUAGUUAAGACUUUUUUUUUUUUUUUUUUUUUUUAAAGCUGUUGGCUCGGUGGUCUAAUCUGCAACUCCGACCGAAAAUUUGAGGAGUGGAACCUGAAGGGAACCACUGCCAAUAAAACGAGCCUUUUCACUGGACGCCACUCCUCCAUUUUUCACGUUCUUCAAUCAUGCUCAAUCACCAACCACUACAGAUGCCAUUUGCACCUCUCAACGGUCCCGCUGAGGAAAGACGACGGUUUGUGUACAGAAGUUCUCCCAGGACAGACUCUAGCCGGCUGGAGCGACCGGAGGCUGACCCACUGGCAGGCUGACGGCAGGCCGUGUUCGGAACCGGCAGCUCGUGUCAGUGAGGUCAGCUGAAGUGGCAGCAGUUCGUUUUCCUUUUUUGUUUCUCUUUCUCUCCAUUUUACAGUUACAAACUGUACUUCUUGUACAUGGACGUGAUGGAAGCACUGAUGGUCAGAAGUAUUUUAUUGAACAAUCUCUUGUUUUGUUUUUUAAUAAUGUCUAAAUGUCUAAAUCUGUCGUUCCCCAACCUCUGCCUGCGAGGGAUCCGACACAGGCUCGCUGGUCCAGACAGGACCUCAACUGAAGAGUGGGCCCAACCAUGUUUAGUACUGUUACGCUUACAGGAAGCAAUUCUCCUCAGCGGUCACCAUAAUGCCUCGAAUUUGUCAUGAAAACCAGCCACCAUUUUGUUAUUUUGUUCUGCUCACAGGAUCUGCACUCUUUGAGGAGCUGGCCUGUUUUUUUAUGCUAUAGGACGGUCACUAAUGUUUGUAAAAUUGGUCUGAGGUUUAAGUUGUUUAAAUGUAAUAAUAUUAACCAAUUAAUAGUUACGAUGUCCCUGACGGAAGUGCAACAAAGAAUCACAGCUGCCAAAAUGUGUUGUAACUACAAUGAAGAUUAAAUGUAGUUUUAGGAUCAGGGUUUAAAAAAAAAAAAAAGGAAAGGAAAUCGCUCAACAUCAUAGAAAAUAACUAGUUGCUUUCAGGCAAAGAGUUGGAUGAGACCGUCUUCUCCUAUCUGUCGAGUAAGCUUAGCUUAGCGUGCAACCAGAAAACGUGGACUGACAGCUUUGUCCAAAGGUACCAAAAUGAAAAUAUCAAAUACAUACGGUAUUUCCAGAUCCUCUCAUCUAACUCUCCACCCGAGACCAAAUAAGCAUUAACUAUUGAACUACUGUCUUAAUAUAUUGCCAGUUCUGGCUUUGAGACACUAGUAUUGGAUACGUCCCGCCGUGGACGUCCCCCCUCCUGUAAAGACCUUCUUCCCAGCUCAGACAGACACGUCACUUUACAGUGCCGCCAUGUUGGUUUCACUUCUUCUUUUUUUUAAACCAUUGCUUGAUGAAUGUUUUCUUCGCCAAACAGGUACGACGUCUGCUGCUUCACAGCAUAGUUGGCGGGGGGGGGGCCCAGUGUGGUACACCCUCUUCCACUCUGCAUGGUACUCCUUAGUGGUCCAUCCUCUCAGAACCUUUGCUAUCAUGUCUUUAAAAAUUGGUAACCCGUAAUUUGACCUGACUAAAUUCCUGUAAUUUGAACUAAAGACCAACCGAAAGAGAUCCCUUUAAAACAAUAUAUUUGGAUGAGUUCAAUAGUAUUUAUAUUCUUUUACCCUCCAAAAAGGUUCUAACUAUGAGGAUGCCUUUAUGAAACAACUUCCAUUAAUCCAUGGUUCCUGUAUAUUUAUUGAUAUAUUAUUAAAAAAAAAAAGAUAACAACCCAUUCAAUAAAAUGUCAAAACUUUGUAGUUUAUUAUUCCUUAUUGCAAAGAGGCUACGACUUAAUUGAGCCGGGAGGUCAUGUGAGGAAUCGCUUGUGCCACCGGAUGCUUGAGGAGGAAAGUACCUGACCCGAGAGCAGCGCUCCCCCAGACAGAUGUGUUUCAUCCACAUCAAGAUGACCUCACAGUCAGGAAGGUCGACCUGGAACGUGUUCUUUCAGGAGUGUCUGAAGCCUAAUGUCUAAUUACGCUGAUGUGAAAUGGUCGUGUGGCUAAAGCAAAACCUAACUUGUACUUCUGGCAAUCAAGAGAUGAAAAAACAACUCCUGGUCACACCUGAUAACCUUGACUGAAGCACCGGGGGCCUCAUAAUUACCUGGCUGACUAAACCUGUCCUAAUGGGGUCAGCAGGUACAUUGGAAGUCAAAGCCUCCCAUUCCUCCAGUCCUUGCUCCUCCCUUGAUUCCCCCCCCACCCCCCUCCUUCAAGCUAGAAUCUGUGGCACAGCUGGUUUUUCCGUGGCCUGCAGCAGGAUAACAUUCCCUGGAGGCCCACAGUCCCCCUGCUGUGUGUCUCUGGGUCUCUGGGGGUCUCUGUGGGUUUGCGGCCGAGGCUCCAGCCACCUGCAAUGCUGCUAGCGCCGUGCCCGACUGAUGACCAGAUUAAUGGAAAUAAAAACUUUCAACAUGGUUAAAACA